AUGAAAUGUGGUGAUUUUUCGUUAACUGAUGAGCUAACUGCUACAAAAAUGGCUAUUCAAAAUGCAAUCAGUGAAGCAUUUAAAACGCCGGAAAUUGUGGCAAUUUUUGCCAAAAAAGAACCUGCUUUACUUCGGCAGAAACUGAUGCAGGUAGAAGCCGAGCAUCGCUUACGAAAAAUAUCAGACGAAAUAUAUGAAGCUAAAAAAUUGGAAAUUCUGCAUGCUUUAUAUAAGUUAAACGAUCACUUAUCAGAUGAAGAACGAAGUAUUAUCGAAGCUGCCUCCAGAAUUUCUGAUUUUCAAUUUGAAUUAGCGUCCAACCAUUUGAGUUGCGAUGAGUCUAUUAUCAAUAUGAACUUGUAA